AUGGCGCCCUCUGCCAUCGACACUGAACCGGCACCGCAGCCAGCAAAACAUGUUCUGAUCAAGCCUUGGAGUCGGCCACAAUAUACGAAAGAGGAGCUUGAUUGGGCUCCACUUACUACAAUCGACCUAUCCCGUUUUGACGAGGUAGGAGGCAAACAAGAGUUGGCUAAACAACUUUAUGAUGCCGUCACUCGGGUCGGCUUCUGGACUGUCGUCAAUACAGGCAUCGACGACAGCAAGGUUCUCCGUCAAUUCAGCAUCGGCAACACCUUUUUCAAGCAACCAGUUGAAGAAAAGCGCUUCUUCCCUUGUAAUUUUGCAGAAGGAGAGUACUUCGGCUACAGGGAGAACUCCCGCUGGGUAGGAGAUACUGGCGUCAAAGAGAACGUUGAGAUGCUCAAUAUCCAAAAGCCUAUUCCUUUCUAUGAGAAUGUGCCGAAGCAUCAAAUCGUCCGGGAAAACUGGGAAGAGAUUUCGGCAUUCCAUCGCGAACUAUGGGACAAGGUCCUCCGCAAGCUAUAUGUGCUUAUUGCCAUUAUUCUCGAGCUCCCCGAAAACUAUUUCGUGGACGCACAUGCUUACGAUGGAGAGUCCGAUGACCACCUUCGAUACAUGAUCUACAAUAUAAGAACUCAGGACGAGUGGGACAAGGCUCAAGCGUAUACCACAGGCGGCCAUACAGACUUUGGCAGCCUCACCUUACUAUUCUCGCAGCACGUCGCAGGCUUACAGAUCCGGACACCUGAAGGGCAAUGGAAGUGGGUGAAACCGGUUGAAGGAGGUAUCACGUGUAAUGCAGCCGACACUUUGUCUUUCCUUACAAACGGCUUCAUCAAAUCAACAGUGCACCGGGUGGUCACACCUCCAAAAGAUCAAAUGCACAUCGCUCGCCUAGGCUUGCUCUAUUUCAGUCGCCCUGGAGCUCAGACUCCUAUGAGGACCGUCCCAUCACCCGUCCUUGAGCGUCUUGGUCUGCUAUCGGACGAGGACAGGGACCCUAACAAACCCGUUCCUACAGGGACCGAGUACGUCCGGGCGCGGGUUAAAGAUGUACAUCACAAGACGGUGAUAGAAAAGCGCGAAGGGACCUCUUUCAACUUCAAGGGAAUGAAGGUCCAGAACUACUAUGACUAG